UGUCGCCGCCGUGGGUGCCGCCAGGCCCUAAGGUCCCCGCGCUGCAUCCGGAGUCCGCUCCCCGUCGCGGUGGCCCGAACUGGAGUGAGCUGUCCUCGUCUUCCUCGAGGACCGUCGCACCGGCGCCCAGGGCGGGCGCCUCAGAGUCGAGACUGAGGACGAAGCCGAUCUGGCUGCCGAACCCGGAGCGGCCCCCCCACGAGGCCCACGAAGCUGCCUGGGGAUGGCCACCAGGGUCCGCACGGCUGCCGUCUGGGUCCCACCUCUCCAGGAAGGAGACAGCUCGUGCAGGUGGAUCAGAAAGCUCCACGAUCAAGAAUCCAUCGUGGGUCAAGGGACCCCUGCCCAGAGGCCUCCCCCGAGGGGGCUCCAGCAAAGGAACAAGAGUCGCAGGAGGAAGCAGGUCCUAGAGUGGCUGUUUAGUUCCCAGGAGCAGCCGAAAACCACCACGUCCCAGGGACCGUUGUCAUUCACGGAUGUUUGUGUGCACUUUACCUGGGAAGAGUGGCAACUGCUGGACCCAGCGCAGAGGCACCUGUACAGGAGUGUGACGCUGGAAAACUAUGGCCACUUGGUUUCCCUGGGAUAUCAACACACUAAACCUGAUAUCAUCCUCAAGUUGGAACAAGAGGGAGAGCUGUGGAUGACGCAGGGCCAUCCAGACAAAGUCUGGGAAAUGGAGAAUCACAUGGAAUGGCCUCAGGAAAAUCAAGGCAAGCUGGGAAAUUCUGCAAAACACUGUGAACGUACUGCAUCUGGGAAACUGUGUCUUCUUACUACAGAUUCUGUUUCCUCGAGGCAAAAGCUUCAUAAAUGUGGCACACAUGGAAAGAGUUUGAGAUAUAGUAUAGAUUUUAGUAGUAAUUAUGCUGGAAAGAAUCCUGAUGGGUUUCAUGUACAACGGGAAUCAUUCCUCUAUUGUCAACAUGAACAAACUGUUAUGGGAAUAAAAUACCAUGAAAGUAAUGAAACUGGAAAAAUUGUCAACAAGAAGUCACAACUCAUCUGCCAACAGAUGUAUAUGGGUGGAAACCCCUUCGAAUGCAGUUACUGUGGGAAGGUUUUCAGCAGCAAGUCACCCCUUGUAGUCCAUGAGCGAACUCAUGCAGAAGAGAAAACCUACAAAUGUAAUGGAUGCGAGAAAGACUUCAGCAGCAAGGCCUGCCUUACUGCACACCAGAGAACUCAUGCAGGAGAGAAUUUGCAUGAAUGCAGUGAAUGUGGGAAAUCUUUCCCUUUCAAUUCACAACUCGUUAUACAUCAGAGAAUUCACACAGGUGAGAACCCCUAUAAAUGCUGUGAAUGUGGGAAACUAUUCAGUAGAAUAGACCAGGUCAUUUCACACCAGAGAUCUCAUUCAGGGCAGAAACCCUAUGGGUGUAAUGAGUGCGGGAAAGCUUUUGGGUUGAAGUCACAGCUCAUUAUACAUCAGAGAAUUCAUACAGGAGAGAAACCCUUUGAAUGCAGUAACUGUCGGAAAGCCUUUAAUACAAAGUCAAACCUUCUGGUACAUCAGAGAACCCAUACAGGGGAGAAACCCUAUAGUUGUAGUGAGUGUGGGAAAGCCUUUACAUUCAAGUCACAGCUCAUUGUACAUCAGGGAACACACACUGGGGUAAAACCUUACGGAUGUAACCAGUGUGGAAAAGCCUUUAGUUUGAAGUCACAGCUCAUUGUACAUCAGAGAAGCCACACGGGUGUCAAACCUUAUGGAUGCAGUGAAUGUGGGAAGGCCUUUAGGAGCAAGUCCUACCUCAUUAUACACAUGAGGACUCAUACAGGUGAGAGACCACAUGAGUGCAAUGAAUGCGGGAAAUCCUUCAGUUUCAAUUCACAACUCAUUGUGCAUCAGAGAAUUCACACAGGAGAAAAUCCAUAUGAAUGCAGUGACUGUGGGAAGGCUUUUAAUAGGAAAGAUCAGCUCAUUUCACACCAGAGAACUCAUGCAGGGGAAAAACCUUAUGGGUGCAGUGACUGUGGGAAAGCCUUUAGCAGUAAGUCCUACCUCAUUAUACACAUGAGAACUCAUUCAGGGGAGAAACCAUAUGAAUGUAACAAAUGUGGGAAAGCCUUCAUUUGGAAGUCACUACUCAUUGUACAUGAGCGAACUCAUGCAGGGGAAAACCCUUAUAAAUGCAGCCAGUGUGAGAAAGCCUUCAGUGGAAAAUUACGGCUUCUUGUACAUCAGAGAAUGCAUGCAAGAGAGAAACCCUAUGAAUGCAGUGAAUGUGAAAAGGCCUUCCUUAGGAAAUCUCAUCUUAUUGUACAUCACAGAACUCAUUCAGGGGAGAAACCCUAUGGAUGUAAUGAAUGUGGAAAAACCUUCUCUCAGAAGUCAAUUCUGAGUGCACAUCAGAGGACUCAUACAGGAGAGAAACCCUGUAAGUGUGCUGAAUGUGGAAAAGCCUUUUGUUGGAAGUCACAACUCAUUAUGCAUCAGAGAACUCAUGCAGAUGAGAAGCACAUUGAUGAAUUAAAUGUAAGAAACUUUCUCUCAAAAGUAAAUUUACAGGGAAUACCAGUAAAGUCAUAUAGAAGAGAAACUCUAUAAAUGGAAUCAUCUCACAUACCUGAAAACUCAUAUUGAACAGAAACCUUAUAAGCUCAUAUCAUGUGCAAGGGUGCACACACAAAGGUGUGUUUAUAUGUAAAAAGCAUAUCAGAAAACGCACACAAGAACUCCAUGAAUACAUAAGUUUAUACAGGUGAGGAACCAUAUAAAUGAAACAAAUGUUGGAAAGCCGGGUUUUUUAAGAUUUUAUUAGGGAAGGGGAACUGCCAAGUUGUCCUUCAAUCUUAGUUGUGGAGGACGCAACUAGCUCAGCUCCAAGUCCAUUUGUCAUGUGGCCACCAUCAGGAGCUCAUGGCCACUCAGCUCAAAGUGCCGUGUUCACUCUUUGUUGUGGGUGGGUGUAGCCACCAUCCCAUGUGG